AAUGCAACUUCAUCAACAAAAGAAAACCGAGUGUUCUGACCUUGAUCUAGGGGUAAUGGCUUCGGUGUACUUAUACUGCUACGUCUUCUCUGUUUUCCUACAGCGACAUUGCCCCCAAGACUCGUGUCGCGUCGCACAAUGGACGACACAUAUCUUGAUAAUCCCAUUUUGUACCAGCUCAGCCAACCAGUACCGAGACCACCCCCAUCUGCAGAAACACUUUGCAGGAUCCAAUCUCUGAAGGAGCGCCACACCGAGCUCUGUGCUUUAGAAGGCAUCGUCAAACCAUGGAGCGAGAUGAACUCUAGAAUUCAGCGCUGGGUGUCUCCAUUCAGCAACCUCGUGGUCUCUCCUGACGACGGGUGCUACAUCCCCGUGAGCGAAGCAAUAGUACAACUGGAGUCUAAGCUUCCGGAUGAAUAUUUCCCGGAUUGGCCCGUCCACCGCGAGCGUGAUGGGGUGCCAAGAUCUACCCACACGUCGUUCUUCGAAAAUUUCAUGUCUGGUGUUAUCUCGAUUGAGAAGAAGCUUCAGCGUGAUAAACAAUAUGUGCUUGACAAUAUUCGUAGGCUUGAAGAAAAACUAUGAUCAAUUCUACGUCUUGCUUGUAACGACUGUUGUGGAUUCUUGCUGCUUUGAUAUCUUUUCGAAAAUUCCAAAGUUCAUGACACGUUCCAUGUAUUACUGAUACAAUCUCUCAGUCGCUACUGAUUGGAUGCCUGUCGGAGUUCAGCGCGCACGUGCUCUUCACGCCAACGCCGUAAUCGUCUGCGGCAG